UUAUAUUUUAUCUAAAAUAUUCAUUAAAUAAUUAUUUUUUAUUUAUAGUACCUAUUAAUCUUGUUAUUCGUAUUAAACUUUAAUUUAACUUAUUUAUUACUCGUGUCGACAAAUCGUGUUAUUUUUGGAUUCACGUGGAAUUUGGUUGGAGUCGGAUUCGUGUUUCAGCCAAAAAUUGACACCCCUGAAUAGACAUGUCCAUUGCUCCAGCACCCUCCAUCUCUGCAAUUCCUAAAUGUCUUUACAUGCACAGAUCAAUCCAUUCAUAUAAAUUUGUUAUACAAACUUGACGUUGCAAAAGAAUGCCAACUAUUAUUCCAAGAACUGCAAUACAAAAGGCUAAUAAAUUCCCACACUCUCUCUCUUCUUUCUUUACGAACCCACCUCGGAUUUCCUCCUCAAAUUCCGAACCCAGAAAAUCUGGUUCAAGAAAGAAUGUUACUGGUCUUCCGAACCGGUUCGAAUGUUACGUGAGGGAUCAGUGUAAAUCAGGUAACAUUAAGCUCAAAGAUGCAGUAAAGUACAUCGACGAAAUGGUUCAAAUGCAACCCUGACCGUCAAUCGGUACAUUUAAUCAUAUUUUAGGCUCUACCUCCAAACUUAAAUGCUAUUUUGAUGUAUUUUUAUUGUAUAGGAAAAUGGGUUUGGUAGGAAUUGAGCCUGCCCUGUGUACUCUGAAUAUUUUAAUUAAUUGUUGCUGUCAUUUGGGUGAAAUAAAUGCUGGGUUUUGUGUAUUUGGCAUAAUGUUGAGGAGGGGUUUGAAAGCAAAUUCAGUUACAUUGCGUACUUUUGUUAAAGGUAUGUGUAAGGAGGGGAAGGUUUUGAGUGCAGUUCAGUUGCUUGAUAAAAUGACUGAAGAGAAAGUUGAAGUAAAGGUGCUCACAUAUGGGAUUCUUAUAAAUGGCCUCUGUGAAAUUCGAGAGACUGGUCUUGCUAUUGAAUUGCAUAGGAAGAUGGUGCAAAGAACUUGUGAAUCUAAUGUCCUCACUUAUAGCAUGAUCAUUGAUUCUCUUGGUAAAGAUGGGUUGAUGAAUGAGGCACUUGAUUUUUUCUCCGACAUGAUUCAUGAAGGUGUUACCCCGGAUGUCAUUGUUUACAGUUGUUUAAUUCACGGUUUGUGUAAUUCCGGCCGGUUGAAAGAAGCUGUGAGGCUUUUUGAUGAAAUGGUUGGCCAAGGGAUUUCGGCCAAUGUAGUUACAUAUAAUUCUUUGAUUUAUGGUUUUUGUCAGCUGGAUUUGUGGAAGGAAGCUACAAGAAUUUUUGAUAAAAUGGUUGGACAAGGGAUUUCACCAGAUGUUAUAACAUUUAUGAUAUUAAUAGAUUGUCUCUGUAAAAGGGGGAUGGUGGGAGAAGCUAGGAUGGUGUUUGACAUGAUGAUUCGGAUAGGCAAGAAGCCUAAUGAAUUUACGUAUAAUUUGCUGAUUUAUGGAUUAUGUUUGACAGGGAGCUUGGAUGGUGCAGCAGAGCUGUUUAAGUCAAUGGAACACAGAGGUCUUGAACAGGAUGUUACUGGCUACAGUACAUUGAUUAAUGGGUAUUGUAAAGGUCGGGCAAUUGAUGAAGCUAUGUGCCUCUUUCAGGAAAUGCAUGAAAAGGGGCUGAAGCCCACCACUGUAACUUACAACACACUAAUAGGAGAACUCUGCCAGGCAGGUAGAGUUAAAACCGCAAAGGGCCUAUUCAAUGAGAUGCAAACUUGUGGGUUAUCUCCAGAUUUGCAUUCAUAUUCUAUACUGUUAAAUGGGCUCUGCAAAAAUGGACAGCUCGAAGAGGCAAUGGAUGUAUUUAGGUCUAUUAAGAGUGCUGGGCUUGAAGCUAAUAUUGAAGUUUUCAGCACACUCAUUGAUGGGAUGUGCAGAGUUGGUAAAAUAGCAGCAGCGAAGGAUCAGUUUGAUGAAAUCUUGAAGAAAGGUAUGGUGCCUGAUGUUGUAACAUAUAACAUAAUGAUCAAUGGCCUCUGCAGGAAUGAGAUGUUGCCGGAGGCCAGUAAAUUGCUCUUGCGGAUGGAAGAGGAGGGUUGCUUCCCAGAUGCCAUUUCAUUUAACAUCAUCAUUUGACAUUUUCUCCAAGAAAAUGAGAUCACCAAAGCAAUGCAGUUCUUUAAGGAGAUGCGUAAUAAAAAUUUCUUGCCUAAUGAAGCAGUCAGUUCGACAUUACUACACCAUGUGUUGGUGAAUAAACAAUGUCGAACAGCCCUCGAGUCACUUCCUAAUUCUCUUCAGAAAAAUUUGUGAUUGUUUCCUCUGAAACUUAUACAAUGUGGGGUACAACAAGCAAUGCACUAAGUUUUUCAUCUUUGGAUGGUCGAUGCUUUCGACAUCUGCUAUUUUGUCUACCUAAAUCUCAUGGAACAAACAGUGAUUUCAGUUUGAUGCACCAACCAGUGGAGUGUUUGAAGAGUUAUGGGACACUGUUAUCUAUGGCUUGCUGGAUUUUUGCAAAGAAAAACUGGGUAUGCUGCAAUGGGUCUGCGUUCAUGCCUUGUUCAUCUAUACUAACUUGCCUAAAGUAAUUGGCUAUGGAUAUUCUUAGAUUGAGUGGUACUUUUACCAGAUUGCUAUGCUGCACUGUCUUUGUGACUGGUUUCUUUGCACUUUUUGAUUCCCUUUUGGAUUGCUCCAUCAGAUAGUUUCUGUAGCCUUUUAAGUUGCAUUUUGGCUGUGUUUUUUACCCUUUAUUUGUAUAUUCAUGCAAAUA